AUGAGUUGUAUUAUUUGUUCAAUAUAUUGGAUUAUUUAUAGUUUUUUUGAAAUCGAACUAUUAAAUAAUGUAUCAAAUUGGAAUUGUAGUAUAUUCGAAUAUUUUCAAACUAUUGUCAAUUGUCAAGAAAUUUAUUCAGUUUGUAAUAUUUCAAUACAUCGUUUUUGUAUUAUUCUUUAUAACAAUAAACUUUUAUUUAAAAGUCGACAAUGGGUUUUUACUUGUAUUGGAAUUCAAUGGUUAUUAGGAAUGAUAUGUCCCUUACCAUUAUUUACUAUAUUUGGACAGUCUUGUGAAAAUAUUAAUGAACCGUUAUGGUUACGUUUAUAUAUCUUAUUGAUUGUACUUGUUAUUCCAAGUAUACUUUUCUUGUUGAUCAAUAUCUUUAUUGUUUUACAUGCUCGUUCAUCGAGACAACGUGUUGCUCCGAUAGCUACUAUAAAUCAGGAAAAACUGACAUAUCGUCGAGAUAUUCGUCUAAUUAAACGAAUGCUUAUUCUUCUCUUAAUUUUCUUGUUUGGAUGGAGUCCUGUUUAUAUUGUAUUUGCUAUUCAAAAUACAUAUAGUCUAUCGGUUCAAAUAUUAAAAUUAUUGGCUACAGUCGGUGUACUUGCAGAAAUUAUUAAUCUAUUUUUAUAUAAUCGUAAAGUGUUGAUAUUUUUGAAAAAUAAUUGUUUACAUUGUAGAAAUAUGUAG